UUCCCUCAGAACUGCAAGACGCCGAUAUUGCGUUACAUUGUGGCAAAAUGGCGGCUGUCAUUCAGAAUCCACUAAAAGCGUUGGGCGACCAGUUCUAUAAGGACGCCAUUGAGCAGUGCCGCAGCUACAAUGCCCGUCUGUGUGCGGAGCGCAGCGUCCGCCUGCCAUUCCUGGACUCACAGACAGGCGUGGCCCAGAACAACUGCUACAUCUGGAUGGAGCGGCACCACCGCAGUCCCGGGGUUUCAGCCGGGCAGAUGUACACAUACCCUGCCCGCUGCUGGAGGAAGAAGAGACGGCUGCACAACGCCACAGAUCCUCCUCUGGGCAUCUACGGCCUGCAGCUCGACGGCGGCCUCAUGUCCAAAGACGCCCUGCCCACUCAGAGCACCACGCUGGAGGCUCUGCUGCGAGGAGACGCUAAGAACGACGAGGAGAGUCUGCUGGAGAUCCAGAGGGUUCUGGAGGCCGACGCGGCCGAGGACGCCUUCAACGAGGACGACGACUACGAGGUGGACACUCCCAAGAGGAGACACCGGGGCAAAGGCAGAGGUCGGGGUUCAGGGCGCAGGAAGACAGACCUGGACGAUGAUAAGCCAUAUGUCUGUGACAACCGAUACAAACAAAAGCAGAACUCAAAGUCCUCGACUGCAGUUUGUGCAAAGCGCUACAGGAACCGCACGGGACUAAGCUACCACUACACCCAUUCCCACCUGGCGGAGGAGGACCGAGCUGGAGAGAGGAACACGGUGGCGUCCCGGUCUCCCUCCGCACCGCAGACUGACAGACACAAACGUUCAAAGGGUCCAGGUGGGGCCAGCAUUCCCAGUAACUACUGUAAUAAAUGCCAGGGCUCAAACAAGAAAAUGGGUAAAUCCGGGCCUCCGUGCUCCGGCUGCCGAUGCACGACCGAGCGCCGGGAAGAGAAGGACGACGGGGCUUUCACCGGCGCGGAGGAGUUGUUCGGCACCACCUCGGAGAGCGACACGUCCACCUUUCACGGCUUCGAGGACGACGACCUAGAAGAACCCGCCGCCAACGGCAACGGGAUAACCAGUCGACACAGAUAGAGCGGAAGCCUUUUUAGAUUUCAAGAGACUGUUUUUUUUAUAUGGAUUAACCUCUGGCAAAAACAACAUUUGCUGCUUCUUUUUUCCAAUGUUUUUUUUUUUGUUUUGUUUUGUUUUGUUUGUUUGCGGAAAGCACAAAGUGAUAAUUUCAGGACAGAAAAAUGCGAGUGGUAUUUUAUCUACUGAACAUUGUUGAAUAAUUUAUGAACACCUUUUUUAUAUAUAAAUAUAUAUAUUAACGUUAAAGGCAGCGGCGGACGACUCUGCGUUUGUGACUUGGCCUUCAUGCAGAACAGAAGGAUUUUUGUUUCCCCCCCCCCCUCACUGGAGCAGAUGGAGCAAAAAAAACACUGGACAAAUCAGAAAAUUGAACAAUUUAAAAUUUUGAAGGCAAGAAUGAUGCAUUCAAGGGUCGAUUGAAUGUCACUGUUAAACCUUACUUGAGCUACUGCGUGUUUUUUUGUUUUUUUUUUUUUAAAUCAGUAGUGGAUAUUACUAUGAAGGCCUCAUUUUUUCUGCUCUAACUUUGGAUUAAACUUGUAUGGAAAUGAAGGAACCAAUGGAAGGACGACCACAGGCCACUGGAAACAUUUUGUCUAUAGAUAUUAUAGACUUGACAGAGUCGGGAGGACUUAAACAAAUGAAAGAAGGACUCGGCACAGCGGCCCGGAAGUGGCGGUGGGGGGGGUGACCAGUGAAGAAGCGGAUUUAACCCGAACCAACUAAUUAUCCUUCAUAUCCCUCCUGACUUGGGCCUGAAAUAACUGAAAUGGAUGAAUAGACGUCCAGCUAUCGUACAGGCCACGCGCGGCCUAAUUGAAGCAACCGCUCCCUUGACGGCGCGUAUCGAUCCCCCUCUGAACAUUUGAUAUGCGGCUACAUCCAGCUUCGUUGUGUGUCCUCGCUGCAAUGUGCCGGAGCUCCACUGAACUAUGGGAACACUAAAGGCCGGGCCUUUGGACUUGUUUUAUGCCCCGUCAGGUGCAUUCGAGGAUGGGGCCCCGUGCUCGAGUCUGCCCCCGCUCCCGCUCUGUGACUGUAUGUCUGCUGUGUGAUCCGAUGUGACACUAAGACGUCAUUAUCCUCAUCACUGUGCCAGCCUGCCGCUCUGCACUGGAAACCAGCUCUGACAGCCAUGACCCCCUCCAACCUGAUUGGAUCAGUGACCCCUCUGACCCCUCCCCCACACGGCCCCCCUAGCCAUAGAGAUGGUGCUCAAACCCCGCCCCUCUUACUUGCAGACCUCUGGACUACUGUAUUAUUACUCUGACAUGGACACAAAGUUUUUCUGCUUCGGUCCCUCUGUCUGUUUUUUUGUUUUUUUUUUGCUAUAUAUUUUAUGCCCCGCCCAUCUCUCAUGGGUUGCAGUAAUUAAGCGCUUUUUUUUUCUUUUUUUUGCAUCUUUUUCUCUGUUGUAUAAUAUUUCUAUGUUUUAAACUCUUUCAAAGUGGAAUUAGUACGACUUCUUGGGGUUUGUUCAGACUGUAUCGAUACCUCUGUCCUGAUCAGGUGCACAAUAGCCACAACUACUCAGGCAUCUCCGCUGUUGAUUGUUUCGGCCGCUCUUAGCCGCGAUUCAUGCCGUUGUUUUCCGUCGGUGAGGAGGCGGCCACACAAAGGAUUCCUCAUAAUCAACUCCUAGGAGGGAUUUGUUUUCAGUCUCGCGCUUAAAGGAAAAACAACCAUUGAUUUGAGCGCACUUGUGUUUUCAAAUCUACGUCCUUUUAGUAAAAAAUUGAUGCAGCUGAAAAACACGUUGUUGCUCGUAGAGGAACCGAGGAGUGAAAACUGUAAAGAAAUCCAAAUUAUGUGACAUUUCCGCUGAGUGCUUUAGUGAGCCUGGUUGUUUGUGACAUUUAGAAGGUGCUUGAAGUACUGUAAAAAAAAAAGAAGAAGUCUCUUUAGGUCCAUACGUUGCACAUGCUGCACAAGAAGUCCUCGUCCUUCCAUGUAAUUAUUCAGUAUCACUGCAAUGUAACGAUAGCUGCUCCGUUUUUGAAGCUAAACAUUAACAAAAUGAUGUGUCUGUGAUGACUUUGCUUGUCCAUUCAAAACCAACUCUGUUCACUUCCCUCAGGGAGCCUUCACGUCGCAGUUUAUCGCCCUCUCUGGACAAAACGUUGAAUCAGAGACUCGUCAUUGAUCUUGUCUUCUGCUCUUGUACCAGUCUGUGUGUGUCUCUACAGUAACGCUGUGUCUUUUUAUCUCAAGUCGCGCUAAGUAAGUAAAAAGAAGAAGAAAUAACAUGUGUCAUCAGUCAUAACCUGCUCAAUGUUACCAACUGUAUACGAACGGGCUUAGCGUUGGCGCAGCUCUGAACAAGAAAAGCCCCUUAACUGCAAGUGUCAGUGACGUGUGCUUAUAAUAACGUGUCACCAAUCAUUAAAUAGCCUGUAUACCUCGUCAAAGACACAGCAAUAGGCCCCGGUACUCUCUUUUCAAACCUGUCGGGUGAGCAGAGGGGAGGAUCGGGGAGGGAACAGAGCCAAGAAGAGAUGAAACGGACACGACUGGGCAUUUGUCUCAUCUUCAGCUAUGAACACGAGUUGAAAUUAAAUUGAGAGAAUGAAGAAGUCUUCGUUUUGUUUAACUAUUUUUAUUGUUCUGAAUAAAAUAAAGGAGAAAAUAGAGAAUGAA